GAAUUUCUGCUCAUAAGAAGAAGAAAGCCAAGCCUGUGAAGUGUCACAUUUAACCAAGCAGACAAAAUGUCGAUAUUUACACCCACGAAUCAGAUUCGCCUCACAAACGUGGCGGUCGUGAGGAUGAAGAAGGGAGGAAAACGGUUUGAAAUAGCGUGUUACAAAAAUAAAGUGAUGAGCUGGAGAUCGGGAGCAGAGAAAGAUCUGGAUGAAGUGCUACAGACACACACAGUGUUCAUAAACGUGUCAAAGGGCCAAGUCGCGAAAAAGGACGAUUUGUCAAAAGCCUUUGGAACAGAAGACUUAACAGAAAUUUGCAAACAGAUUUUGGCAAAAGGAGAACUUCAGGUGUCUGAUAAGGAGCGACAGACUCAGCUAGAGCAGAUGUUCCGGGAUAUUGCUACAAUUGUGGCUGAGAAAUGUGUAAAUCCAGAAACCAAGCGUCCUUAUACAGUGAGCCUAAUAGAAAGAGCCAUGAAGGACAUUCACUACUCAGUCAAAGCCACGAAGAGCACAAAACAACAGGCACUUGAAGUGAUCAAACAGCUGAAGGAAUCCAUCCAGAUACAGAGAGCUCACAUGCGACUCCGCUUCAUCCUGCCAGCCAAAGAUGGGAAGAGGCUGAAAGAGAAGCUUAAACCCCUCUUAAAAGUGGUGGAGAGUGAAGACUUUGAUGAUCAGCUGGAGAUGGUUUGUUUGAUAGAUCCAGGCUGCUUUCGGGAAAUCGAUGAGCUGAUUCGCUGCGAGACAAAAGGCAAAGGGUCAGUGGAGGUGCUCAGCCUGAAAGAUGUUGAAGAAGGUGACGAGAAACUCGAAUAACCCACCCUGAACCCGCCUCCUUACGCCACAUGCCACACUAACUACUUCCACAUUAAAUUAUUUCUCUCUUUUAUCUAUCAAGACUGUUUGUUUUUUUAAUUGAUUUAUAUAACCAGCGACUGGAUUUAAUGAAGCCUUAAGCAGCAUUUGUUGACAUUUCUAGCACAGUAUAGCUCAUCUUUUUUCUUUUUUUUUAAUGAACCAGGAAUCGUCGAUUAUAAAAGUUUAGGCAUAUGGACUGUUUGAGGUUUCAGUAAAUCUUCCUUGAGGAUUUAUCUGAAACUCCUAUUAAUUAAUAAUCCAACUCGUGUCGCAACUAAGGGGUUUGUUUUCUGUGAAAAUUGAAAUGAUUUGUAUGACUGCAAGACAGGCAACAGACAGAUUUAUUAAAAUAAAUGUACAAGGUAAACACGCAAAGCGAAGCAUAGGAAAUAUUCAUCCCUGUGAGAUGUUUUCCCUUCCCCUUCCACCUCACCCACACUCCACUUUCUUGACUUAAAGGUGCAGUUUGUAA